CCGCCCUCGCAUAUACACUCUACACUCCUCCUUAAACCCUAAUUCGCAUGUUAUAACUAGGGUUUUCGUUGUUCUUCAGUUUGGACUUUGGCCAAACAAUCAGCUGUCGGAUCUUUGCUCGAGCACUCGAACUUCUCAAAAUUGUUCUAGUUCUAAUGGCUGCCAAUCACAAUGCCCCGUCGGCCUUGGAAAAGGACCAGAUCUUUGGUAUGGCAGAGAAAGAGAUGGAGUACAGAGUCGAAUUGUUUAACAAGCUUACCCACACGUGUUUUAACAAGUGUGUUGACAAAAAGUACAAGGAGUCGGAGCUAAAUAUGGGUGAAAACAGUUGCAUUGAUCGUUGUGUCUCAAAGUAUUGGCAUGUGACUAAUUUAGUGGGCCAGUUGCUUGGCUCUGGUCGACCAGGAAUGUGAAAAAAUCUGUCUGCUCGAUUUUUCAUCAAUAGAUACAGCCUUGAGUUGGCGCCCGGUGAUGCUGGAGAUUGUAAUUGUUCACUUUUUAUGCGUUUUUGAUACUUUCUGAAUUGUUAAUCAGGUGAUUUUAUCUUUGAUGUCUGGGAAGAAAUUGGUGGCAGUCUUAAAUGUUUGCUGCCAUAAUAAUAUUGUGCAUUCGUAACGAAGAUUUCUCCUUAAUAAA